UUUGCCCAUCUUUCUCUGAUAAGUUUUGAUAAAAUCAAAACAAAUAAAAAAAGUGUUUAUUUAUUCUUGUAGAUAAGAAUGAAUGUUAAAAAUGAAAAUACCAAAAGAAAGUAUCGUGUAGUGAUAAUAGGGGCUGGGGCUGCUGGUCUCAGUGCUGCCAACAGUUUGAUUAAGAAUGGUUUAGACGAUUUCGUAAUCCUUGAAGCAAGAAACAGAAUUGGUGGACGAAUAAACUCAAUCGAAUUGGGUUCACAAAAAGUUGAAAUGGGAGCUAAUUGGAUUCAUGGAGUUCUUGGGAAUCCCAUCUUUGAAUUUGCAAUGAGCCAUGGACUCGUUGAUAUUCUGCAAACUCCACAACAUCGAAGAGUUGUUGCACUUAGUGAGGAUGGAAAACAAGUUUCUUUCGAAGUUCUUCAAGAAAUUUACGAAGCUUAUUUAGUUUUCUUAAGAAGAUGUGAAGAAUAUUUUUUAGCCGAGUAUGUUCCACCGGAUAAUAUUUUUUCGGUGGGUCAACAUAUCCAACUUGAAAUUGAUCUCUAUCUUAAAUCAAUAAGUAAUGACAAAGACAAACAUCUGCGUGAAAUGAUUUUUAAAUGUCUGUUAAAACGCGAAUGUUGUAUAACUGGCUGUCAUUCAAUGGACGAAAUUGAUCUUUUAGAGCUUGGAAGUUAUACAGAACUACAAGGAGGGAAUAUAAUUUUACCGUCUGGUUACAGUUCAAUCCUGACACCUUUGCGAAAUAAUUUACCACAAGAAGCUAUCAUUCUUAACUGUCCUGUGAAAACUAUAAAGUGGAAGAAGAAGAAAACUGUAAUAACAAGCCCAAGUGGACUUAAUCAAAUUCCUGAGGAAAUCGAAGAUAGUGAUGGAAAUAAUUCUGAAAGUGGAAAUGCUAAAGGAUCUUCUUGUGUUCAAGGUCAACUUGAUUCAAGAGUGCAAAUAGUUUGCGAGACAAAUGAAGAGUUCUUUGCUGAUCAUGUGAUUUGUACAAUUCCUUUGGGUGUACUUAAAGAAUCUCCAAAUCUUUUUGACCCCCCACUGCCGGAUUACAAGCAAGAAUCGAUACAAAAUCUUCUUUACGGGACUGUGAAUAAAAUAUUUCUGCAAUUUGAUCGGCCUUUUUUAAAUCAAGAUAUUAGUGAAAUUCUGUUGCUGUGGAACGAUGAUGUGCAAUCAAAAGAAAGUACAGAAGAACAAAUCAAGAAUUUCUGGUACAGAAAAAUUUAUUCUUUCUCUAAAAUAAGUGAAACUUUUCUUCUGGGUUGGAUAAGUGGGAAAGAAGCUGAGUAUAUGGAAACAUUAGACGAUAAAAUAGUUUCGGAUAAAUGCACAGAGCUCCUUAAAAAAUUCCUUAAAGAUCCGUGCAUUCCAGCUCCAAUAAAAUGUAUUAGAACGACUUGGAAAAGUCAGACAUACAGUCGUGGCAUUUAUUAUAGUACUGUUCAUGGUGCAUAUUUGAGUGGACGUUCAGCUGCUCAAGUUAUCUACACACCCGAGUCACCUCAAGAAAUCGUGAUGGUUAACGACAGCAGUGAUUUGUCAUCUUGGAUUCAAGGCAUCCAGCUUGAAUAA